GCAACACUGUUCCCAUUACACAUGGCUCUUUGGUCUGAAAUUCAAAAACAAACUUAGGCUUGUUGCCUUUGAAGAAGGACAUGUCAGACAGAGCUAGUUAUUCAGGAAGGAUGAAUGUGGAUUCUGGAUCGAGUAGACUUUUUGGAAACUUGUCAGAAUCUCCCAUUUAUGAAGAUGGCUAUCGUCUACCAAGCAGAAAUAUCUUCCACUCGAGAAAUAAAUCUAAGUUAGAAAAUACCUUUCUUGAUAGUUCAGGUGAUAAGGAACGCUCGGAGAAAGGAGAGAAGUCCUUCAACAUGACUGUUGAUGGAAAUAGAACUAUAGACCUACUGGACGAAAUGGGAGAUAUAACGAGAUUCUCUGUUGACAGUUGCGCUUUGGCAGAAGAACCCGGUCUUCAGGCAACAUUGUCUCUCUUCAAAGAAUUUCUGGAUGCAUUUCGAAGUAGGCCUGCCAUGCACGAAAUUUUCCAACUCUUAUUAGAUUAUGAGUCCCUGUGUUCUAAUCACGUGAAUUUUUUAAGGAAGAUGACAAUGAAACUUCCAAGUAACAAGUAUAACAAAUUUCAUCGUGCGAUAAGUAUAUUGGAAAUGCUCAGAGAUGAACGAAACACUUGGAAGUUGCUCAGAACAUUAUAUCAAGAUCGAUUAGAAGUAGAAGAAAUGCUAAGAAAUGAAGAAGUUAUGAUGGAUACUCUGUAUAAAAGAAUGAGUGACAAACAAGUGAUUGAAUAUCUGUAUGAAAGAGAUGCAACCGUUCGCCAGAAUCAGUUAAUUGUCGACUGGUUGGAAAAAAAUGCGGCAGAAGACUUUGAACACAAUUAUCCAAAUAAAGUAGAAUUUUUUUUACAACACAACAAUGCUUGGGAAAAUACGUAUCACGCCCUAAUGAAUCCUAAAGUAGAUCAUGCAUCAUCUGAACAGCACUCUUUAAUAAACGAACUUGAUCCAGAUGCACCAAUUCGACUUAAUGAUCGAAAAUUGCACGAUACAGAUAAGAGAAAUGAAUCAAGACUUCUUAAAUACAUGUUUGCAUAUCUUCGUUCUGGACAACUCCUUAAAGCUGAAAAUUUGGCAGAAAGAUUCGGACAACCAUGGCUGGCUGCUGCUCUGGAGGGAUGGAAGUUAUGUCAUGAUGCCAACUUUGACAAGAAUGUUUCCGAAGGCGAUGUUCUGUGUGACAUCGAAGGAAAUCCCUAUAGAGACGUAUGGAAAGCCAUGUGUUGGAAGAUUUCGGAAGAUGUUCGCAUUCCAGAAUAUGAAAGGGCGAUGUAUGCUGCACUCAGCGGUAAUUUGAAAGUUUUACUUCCCGUCUGUGCAUCGUGGGAAGAUUAUCUAUGGGCUUACAUGAAAGUGGCAUUAGAUGUCCGAAUCGAACAGGAAAUAAGGAGAUCCACCCAGCAAGAGCGUGCACUGGAACAGCUGCCUUCGACAUAUUGGGAUAAAACGUUGACAAAUGAACAAAUAUUUCAGGAAUUACAAGCAAGUGUAUCAAAUAUCACACAGAUGAAGAGCACAAAUUAUUAUCACGUCAUGCAAAAGUACAUCAUUUUAGAUAACGUAGAAGCUCUGGUCGAAGAGAUGUACAAGUGGUCUCAGAUGCAACCACGUCCGUCAUCCCAUCUGCUACGUUUCAUGAGUCACGUCAUACUAUUCUUACGUACCAUUGGUCGUUCCUGUAAAGAAGAACUCACUGUUGCCAUAUUAGAAUCCUAUGUCAAGGAUCUGAUCGAGAAACAGCAAGUGAUGCUGAUUGCCGACUAUACUGCCACGCUACCCACUCCACAACAAAUAUUAUGGUAUGCCAAAUUUUUGGAAGGAAUCAGUGGGACUAAAGAAAGGCAACUUUGCCUAAAACUUGCUGAGUCAGUCGGACUGGACGUUGCUCUGAUAACAAAGACCUUGGUUGAGAAUAUCAGAUCUAAAGAAGGAGAGGACGACACUACUAGCAUUCUAUCUUCAGAAACGACUAAGGAAGAUCUCUUGAAGAUUGAAGCAAUCGAUUGGCUGGUAUUUGAUCCUGCACAGAGAUCGGAAGCCAUACGGCAAGCAAAUGCACUAAUGAGAGUGUUCAUCGCAAAUAAAAAGUUAGAUGCUGCAAGGAAAGUAUUUUCAAAAAUUCCUUCAGAUUCCAUUGACAUAAUAAUUCGUCAAUGGAAAAGAAUCACUGGAACAACUGAACUACCUCCGGAAGACGAUAAUGCAACCAGAGAAUAUUUUUGUUUUCAAGCAUAUUUGCAAGCUCAUGAUGCAUUUAAUGAUUGGUUUGAACACUACCACCAGGCCAGACCAAAGGAACCAAUCCGUCCCGAAAACACCAGGUUUACAGAAUGGAUUGCAUUCGAACACAGAAUGAAACAGUACGAGGCAGACCUGGAAAGAUGGGAGCAGUCACUCCGGGCACAGACGGAAAGUACGACUGACAGAAUUUAUAACGUUCUCUUAUUUAUCGAUGGAGGAUGGAUGGUUGAUCAGAGAACCGAAGGCGUCAUCGACGAAGCACGUCAAAAACAGAUGGCCCUACUGAGGAAACUCUGCAUACCACAGAUGACAUUUUUGUUACAUACGGUUUUACAUAGCACGAGUCAGUUUGAAGAAUGUCUGCAAAUUGCAGAUAUCAUCACAUCAGAAAAGAAUCAGUUAUACAAGGAAUUCAACCUUCAAGAAUUAGAAAACUUACAAAGAAAACUGUGCGAGUCGUCGUUGAAAUUACUGGACAUGGGAGUGGAUCCGAUCGGCUAUCCAUAUCAGUGAAUUUUGAAACCUUUUUUUUUUUAUAUAAAAUUUAAUAAAACUUAAAUUGUUUAAAUAUUUAA